GUUCAGAUUAUUCUAGGAGACCAUGUACCGGGUGGUAGUCACCGGUAUGGGGGCAGUGACGCCGUAUGGCGCAGGAGUAACUGCCCUCACGAGAGGUCUAAUGGAAAGUCGAUCUGCCUUGAAAUUCUCGGAGCAGUUGGGAUUCGUGGUUGGUGCGAUACCCGAAGGGUCAGCGGAUUUUGAUCGGUGGAACGCUGGGCAGCAGCGAGAAAUGAGUCGAGGAAGUCAGCUGGCAUUAUUAGCUGCUGAAGAGGCCAUGUCCUCGUCGAAGGCAGAAAAUCUGGAUCACAAAGAUACAUUAGUAAAUAUUGGUACAGGUGUGGCGGAUCUCAUAGAAAUAAGCAGAACUGCAGAGCUAGUGCAAACUGGCAAAGCUAGGAAAGUUUCACCAUAUUUUGUACCAAAAAUCUUAACGAACAUGCCAGCUGGAUAUGUAGCCAUGAAAUAUGGUUUGAUGGGAGGAGCCGAAAGUGCCACAACAGCUUGUGCUACAGGCCUACACUGCUUAGGAAAUGCUUUUCGAUCUGUUCGUCAUGGUUGGGCGCGACGAGCUAUCGCUGGAGGCACAGAAGCCUGUGUCAAUGCAGUUGCGCUUACUGGAUUUGAUAGAAUGCGAGCUUUGUCACAUGGAAAGGAUCCAUCGUGUAGCUCCCCUUUCGAUAAGAAAAGAAGUGGUUUCAUUUUGAGUGAAGGCGUUGGACUACUGUUAUUGGAGCGAUUACAAGAUGCCCUAGAUAGAGGUGCUCCUAUUCUCGCUGAAAUUAUCGGUUAUGGAAUCUCCUCCGACUGCUACCACCUCACAAGUCCAGAUCCGUCUGGCAUUGGAGCCCGGCUUUCCAUGCAGAGAGCUAUUGAAGAUGCCAAAAUCAAGCCAGACGAUGUGACAUACGUCAACGCUCACGCGACAUCCACACCGACUGGAGACACGAUCGAAGCGCUCGCUAUACGAGAAGUCUAUGGAAAAAGAAAUUUGGCAGUUUCAUCCAUAAAAGGACACAUGGGUCAUCUACUCGCUGCUGCUGGCUCAGUCGAAACUAUAGCAACGAUAGCGGCAAUUCUCGAGAAGAAGUUACCAGCAAAUUUGAAUCUCAACGAACCGGACGAAGGCGAUGCUGAAGGUUUGGAGUUGCUGAAAGAAGUGAAGGAGUGGUCGGCUCCACGGGUCGCGAUUGUGAACUCAUUUGGAUUUGGCGGUACAAAUGCUAGUCUUAUCUUAAGGGAGUAUGAAAAAUAA